AAGUCUCUUGUGUGUGAGUGGCGGGUGUUGGAUGACUAAGGACAUGACGCGCAGCUGAGACGUGAGCUGCAUGUUGAACGCAAGCUAGAGCGGAUCCAGUGGACAGCUGUCACCGCAACUGUGAUACACAAACAACACAAAAUUGAAAGAAAACUCUCGGCACCCCCCGUUCCCUGCUCUGAUCAGGCUCCGCAUAGCUUUCUUUCGACGUCCAACGCGCUCACAACUCAACCACACGCUCGACUCGCCCCGCAACGCGUUCACCGCGUCUCGCACACGCCACAGACUUGUACAUAGCAUUACACAUUACACACCAUGGACUUCAUACAAGACUAUGCAUCCCUCCUCCCGCGCCUCCUACCCCCCUCCCUCUACAAUCCGCUCUUCACCAUUCUGACCACAACCUUCGGCCUCAUGCGCACAUUACAAACGCACCUCUCACCCCUCCUCACGCGCCUCGUCACACAACCCGACGUUGCCUCGAUCCUCGCACUUCUCGCCAUAUUGUUCAUUAGCCUCAAGAUCCUCGACAUGAUGUACCGGGCGGUCAUAUUCUGGGUGAAUAUGGUGCUACGACUGGUGUUCUGGGGCUCAAUCUUGUUGGUGGGGCUGUGGGUGUGGAAUAGAGGCAUGGACGGGUUUUUGGAAGAUGUGCAAGGUUUGGGCGCGCAUUGGAUGGGAGAGUUUGAGAAAUAUAGUGGGGAGGUGAAGGAGUUCCAGAGGCAGAAGGAGGAUCAGUUGCGGUUUCAGGCGGCGCAGAAGCAGAAAGGAAGGGGGUGGCGGUAAAGACGCCAUUGAAGAGGCGACGGGAUUGCGGAAGAGAAGGACUGUGUGAAUGGAGAGAAGGGCAAGUUGACUGAAGCUUUGAUGAACAAAAUCUGAGCUGGUCAGCGGACAUACUUGGGCACAUAUUGGUUUGCAUUCACACGGCGUAUGGGGUCUUUCCAAAAAGCGGGCGCAUCGGUAUAUGCAGGAUUGCAAUAACGGCAUGAUUUGGACAUUUAGCGAGUCCGGGUCCUUGACUUUGUAACCGUAGUCAUUAGUACGAAGCCACGAAUGAUGAAACCUUUUAGAUUAUCCCC